AUGAAGAAAAUGGCGGUAGUGAAGCUCUGGAGGGUGAUACGUUAAGAUGUGUCAAAUUUCUCUUCAUGUUUUUAUCGAUUCUUUUGUUUAUACCUCCAUUUAUCUGUGAAAUAUUGCGUCGGUGUUUGAGUUUGUCAGGCAAUCUCUUCGAGAAUGAUUGAUGUUUAAAUACAUAGUGAAUAGUAAGAGAGAAAGAAAUAGGUGAGAUAAUAAUUGAUAGUGAAGAUGGGGAAGAGACAGGUGGGCUAAGAGUGUGCUCGUGUAUGUAUGUAGGUGGUAGUAUUCCCUCCACCAUCUGAUCUCAUCAUGACCCCUACACGCACUGGGGUCUAGGCCAUUUUUUGGGCCCUGAGUGCAGAAGUGCCCCCGAAAUUCAUGCCAAUCGCCUCUGGCCUGCAGGUGGGCUAGGCUAUCCCGAAGUGACUUGGCCCACAGCACCCCUCGGAGGCUAGAAAAAGGGUCCCGAAGCCCCCUGCCGACCCUUCUUCCUAGGGGCCUUGUGUGCCCUCCCGACCUGACCUGAGAUCCAGGUCAGUCGAAUAAAGCGAGAAUUUCCCCCUUGAAGUGGGCCAGUACCGUUUUCCUACCCAAAAUAGGGAGUAGAAGUACCCUAUGCAUCGCUUGUCACGGGCUUCACCCUAAUGCCCAGUUAACCCGGAACCCCGACGUCUUUUUCGAGCUGGCCGACUGCAUUUCGAUCCUUAAUGGGUAUUCCACGUAGCGGAAUGUGCGCUGCUGCGGUGAAGGCUUGGGUACUCUAUCACAGGCUUACCGCUCAACACCGAUGUCUCCAGUAGUGCCUACUGGCCCCAUGGAGAACAAGCGGAAGAAGGCAGCUCUGGAGAAUGGCGAUAACUACCGCUGCCGCAAACCUACGACGGGUGUUCCUGCGACGAGUGUUCCCACCAACCAGCACCCUCUGUCCAAUCCUCCUCCUCCACAGGCAACGGCAGGACAAACCACUCAGAUCCAGACCUGCGUGUGCACUAGUCUCUAUGACUAUGAGGCACAAGGGGAUGAUGAACUCAGUCUUCGUCGCGGAGAUAUUAUUGAAGUCCUUAGCCAGGAUGUCAAGAUCUCCGGAGAUGAAGGCUGGUGGACAGGAAAGAUCAAUGGAAAGGUUGGGAUCUUUCCUUCAAAUUUUGUGGCAGAGGUCCAGAACAUCAAGGAUGUGGAACCCAUUGAAAUUGAUUUCAGUGAAUUGGAACUUGAAGAGGUGAUUGGGGUGGGGGGCUUUGGGAAAGUGUAUCGUGGAAGAUGGAAGGAUCUAGAAGUAGCAGUGAAAGCUGCAAGGCAGGACCCAGAUGAGGAUAUAAGUGUCACAAUUGAAAAUGUGCGACAGGAGGCUAAAUUAUUUUGGCUCCUUAAACAUGAAAACAUUGUAGGCCUGAAGGGUGUGUGUCUUAUAGAGCCAAAUCUAUGCCUGGUUAUGGAAUAUGCCAGAGGUGGCUCUUUAAAUCGUGUUCUUCAACAACGUAAAUCCAUAAGUCCAGCAGUACUCACCGAUUGGGCCAUCCAGAUUGCACGUGGCAUGAAUUACCUUCACAACCAAGCUCCAGUUACCCUUAUUCAUAGAGACCUUAAAUCAUCUAAUGUUUUGUUGAGUGAGAGUAUAGACAAGAACGAACUGCUCAAAACCCUCAAAAUCACGGACUUCGGCUGGCGGAGAGAAGUCUCCAAAACCACCAGGAUGUCUGCAGCAGGAACCUCACGCGGAUGGCCCCCUGAAGUCAUUAAGACAUCCACAUUCUCGACUUCGGAUAUUUGGAGCUAUGGUGUAGUGCUGUGGGAACUUUUGACUGGUGAGAUUCCAUACAAAGGGAUUGAUGCUCUUGCGAUUGCAUAUGGUGUAGCUAUGAAUAAAUUAAGGCUUCAUAUCCCUGCCACUGUUCCUUCCAAUUGGAGAAAUUUGAUGGAAAGUUGUUGGGAAUUAGACCCACAUGCUCGGCCAACAUUUGAGGUUAUUUUAAAGAAGCUGGAUGAGAUUAGCCGUUCAAACUUUACUCAAACACCACAUGAGAGCUUCCACACUAUGCAGGGCCAUUGGAAGGUUGAGAUUGAAGAAAAAGUCAAUGAAAUUAGGAUGAAAGAGAAUGAUUUGAGAUGCCGGGAAGAAGAGGUACGCCGAGCAUUAGUGCAACAAAAGAGAAUGGAAGAGCAGUUAAAAAAGAGAGAAGAAGAAUUACAUCACAGGGAAUUGGAUUUACUUCAGCGUGAGAUUUCAAUAGCCAUUAUUCAACAACAGUCAUCUAAACCUACACCAAAGAAACGAAAAGGAAAGUUCAAGAAAAAGUUACUUAACAGAACUCAUCAAAUAUCUGCUCCUUCAGAUUUCCGGCACAACAUCACAGUGCAGCCGACCGCCGGUGUUGUUCUUAACCCCUCAAGUCCUGACAGUCCCCCCGGCUCCCCUAACCUGCCUAGACUCAGGGCCAUUGCAUUAUGCCCACUAGAAAACCUGCCAUGUCCUCGUAGCAUACUGUGUAAUAUUUUAGAAUACCACAUACCUGCAGACGGUGUAAAAGGGAAAACAUGGGGUCCAAGCACAGCGCACCAGAAAGAACGAGGUCACAUCAUCCCCCAUCAUCAUGAUAACCAAAAACGAUGGAGUAAAUCAGCACCAAAUCUUGAAAAACCUCUACGCCCUCUUCCGUACACUGCCACUAUGACUGGACUUAACCAGAUUACUGCAUAUGGUCCAGAGAUUGCUGGCAAUGGAUAUUACUACAUCCCAGACUUCAGCCAUGAUGAAUUCCGAGGAUAUACGGACAAAACUGAUUACAGUGGUGAAGAUGGUGGCUGGAGUGCCAAGCCAUUGCCGUUACGACCGUUACCUGUUCCUACCUUGUAUAAUGGCACUACUCCUGAGACCAAAGGACAACAACCAAAAUUUUCACCUUUGGAACUUCUAGUUUAUAACAUUGCUGCAAUGUUGGCAAGUGUAGCAGCUGGCUAUGAUGUUAGAUUAUCGAAUGUUACUGCUGUUCAUCCUAAACUUUUACCUUUAAAGUCUGAUGAUGAUGCAGACUACCAAAGAUGGUUAGGUAUGAGUGAAUAUGAAUUUUCUUCACCUUCUGGCUAUGCCCACAAUACGUACCAUGGUCCAUCUAGACAUUCCAGGCCUGCCUUAGUUUUAGAGCCAAAACCAAUACGCUUCACAGACUCGCCUCAGCAUUUUGCUGGACAACCUGCCUUACCACCAUCUCAGCAACCUACUAGGAGGAAGUCUUCAUCUGCAAGUAAUGAUAGUGAGGUUACAAGUUAUCCAGGAGGUGGGCAGCGUGCUGUAUAUAUUCCAGGACCAGCUGAUUACUCAAGAAAAGACUAUAGAAGUGAACAGCAUUUGCUAAUUUGGGGAGACAGAGGUGAUCAAGCGAUACAUGGUCCUGGUGUUCAACCACCUUCACCAGCACCAGAUGCUACUGAAGUUUACCGUGGUGAAGUGUAUCAGCACUAUCCAGCUGAAGGUCGAACAGAUUCUGUUGGAUAUUUUUACAGUGAACGAGGAUACCACGGUCCACCAGCUGAUUACCUAGCAAGUGUUCAUUAUGAACAGCGAGUGUAUCCUCAGUAUGUCAUGAGGCAUACGGCUGCAGCAGCGGCAUCAAGUGGAGAUGGAACAUAUCAUGCAUAUGAUAAUCCUUCAACUUCGGUAUCUUCCUCCUCUACGUCAACCAAUCCUCGCACACCAUCACGAAUGAAUUUUCAACACAGACGAACUCCCUCAUCUGUUUCAAAUACAUCUACGUCGUCAUCUAAUAUCAACAGAUCAUUCCGAAUAGAGGAUGAGGGUGAUAGUUCAUAUUCCACUCCAACACAUCGAAGUGGACAUUAUGAAAUUCAUGGAGGGCCUGCCCCUCCACCCAGGGUUUCCCGACAGAAUUCUCAUGAAAUGGAUCGAAUUGAUCGACCAGGAUCGUUGGAUCUCCCCCGCCAUCAGCGUUCUUCCCUUAAAAAGUACAAUUACAAUUAUGGAAGAUCUUCUCCUAAGCCAAGAAGUGAUCGUAGUGGAUCAGGAGGUUCAGGAGGUGGGACUCCUACUAAUCCCACCCCUCCAGAUAGUAUGACAAGUGAGGACAGCAGCUAUGUAAGUGCCCCUGAUAUGUACUCAACUCUUUCUGGUGGAUCAGGAGGAAAUUCAACUGGGGGAGGUCGAGUUAGAUUUUCUCCACACAUUUUGGGUCCUGAGGGUGUGGUUAGCCGACAUACACUACUAGACAUGCCAGUAGAAGGUCAGAGUCAGGACAGAACUAUUCCUUUAACAGCUUUGAGGCAGAAUUUUCGACAUGACCAGCAAGCGACUCUCACAAAUCAACCUAGCUCAUGGACAGCUUUUGAUGGCAGUGACGAGAGGUUGUAGCAGGUCUUCACUUGAGCCACCAAGCUCUCAGGGGGGCAUAAGCCCAUCUAAAACAUUCCAGGCAUACUUUAGGACUAUUCACUAAUUUGCCAGAAUUGACAUAAUUUGUGCUGUUAUUACAAAAUUACAUUACAUUUAUUGGCAAACUAGUAAAUUGCCCUAUUGUCAUUGUCGGUUUUCAUCUUUUUUUUUCUUUCUUUUUUUAUUGUGAUGAGUAAAGUAUUUUGGUAGGAUUAUACUGUUAUAAUAAGGAAUGCUAAGAUUUUGGAAAAUGAGAGCCGUCUUGCUGGGAUUAGCAACAAUAAAGAUGCUGUGGUGAUCCCUGUGCUCAAGGCUUUCAGUUUUAUUAUGGUUGAAAAGAGCAGUGUACAUAGUAGUGCCAUCUAGUUAUUUCCACUUGGUGAGGAUUGUAUUAAUUCCUAUCAAGUCACAACUUCUGUGAUCCUUGGGCAGCCUUUGUGUAACUUUCACCUCUUUGAAUGAUUAUGCAGUGUAUACAGACACGAACCCGUACACGUUAACAAAUCUACACAUACAUUAUAAAUACACACAGUUACACAAAUACAAGUGUAUUAUGUAUAUUAUUAAAUAAUGAGUGGACAGUAGAAAGACUGGGAGAAUGUAUUACUAUAUGAUGAAUUUUGAGAGCAGUCAUUUGUGGCAAGAGGCCUUCUCUCUUAUUAAGUUAUUGGUAGUUGUUUCCAGUUUGUUGUAAUUUUGACAGUACUGUUUGAAGGUAAAGUGAGUUUUAGAUAUUUGUUUUUGUUGCUUUUAUAGCAAUCAUAUUUUAUGUUUCCCUUUCAUCUCACAUUUAAGGGAAUGGAAGUUGAGGGCAGUUAAUGACCAUAAAUCUUUGAAGUUGCAACAUGAGAAAAUUAAUUUUUCAAAUGAACAAAUUGGUUUGACCUGGACCUCAAUCUAGUAAAUGUUUGAUUUUAAAUGAUAAAAGCUGUUGAUGGCUUUGGAAUUAUAAUUCAUUAUGUAAUGGAUGGUUGUAGAAGGUAUCUUGUGCAAUAUUGCUGGUAGUCAUCAGUACAGGUUAUCAUGCUUUUAUAUUAGUUAAGACUAAGGAAAUCUUUUGUGACUAAUUUGAGUGAAUGCUGUGAUUGGAUGCAGCUUUCUUGUUCCCCUGGAAACAAAUACUCUUGUUUUAUUACAUUUUUCAUUUCUUUAGUUAUUAACUGAAGACUGUGACAAAGGAUAAAAGCUGGUGGAAGAGUCUGUGCCAUAUUGGAGUGUGUGAAGCUUGGGUAGUUUUUUCUUUAAGUAUGGCAUAUCCAUAGAGCUUAUCUGUGAAAUUUUAGUUCUGUGUUUAAUAUUUCUUGUCAUUUAAUAUAAUAAUUAUAUGAAGGGAAGAAUUGACUUGAAAAAACUUUUUAUAUUUGAUUGUAACAUGAUUUGCAGCAAUUUUUCUUCUAAUUCACUAUUUUGAGUAGAUGUAUUGAUUUGGCAUUACUAUCUUAAGUUUUACAAGGCCUUCAUUGUAACAGUUUUAUGUCUUGUAUUUUGAUAUAGAUGUUGGCGUAGGGGUGAGUAUUAUGAUAAAUCUAUAAUCAGUACAGUUAUUUAGCUCCUCUAGAUAUAUUUGUCUGACCAUAUAAUAUGUACUUUUUGAUGUAUUGUUUUUAGUCCAGUUUUUAGGAUCAGACAAAUUUGGUCUUUGUCUGUGAUUGUUUAUGCAAAUCUAAAUUUGUCUUUUAUCAUUUGAGGACUUCAGUAGAUUUUCAAAAUUGUCUCUGAGAACGUGAUUGGGAUUUAGGGACGUUUUUCCCCUUUAAUUUUCUCUUCAUAUGAAAAUCUGGGAAGAAAAGAGAAAACUGCUGAAAAGAGGAUGUGACAUCAGAUAAGUCAGCUUUGUGUCAGAGUGCACUGUACAUGGAAUAAGCAGUUGUAAGAAAUGGUUUGCCUUGACAAGUACAAAAUAAAAAGUAAAUGAAAGAAUAAAAAAUAUCAGUGAAUGGCCAAAACAGUUAAUGCAUCUUCAGGGUUGGUUACUUUAUCAUUUUUGUAACCUUUACUGAACAUUUAUGUUUUGAUGUAUGCUCCUAUUUAAAAAGCAUCUCCUAUUUAAAAAGCGUAGGUUAACAAUUUCCUUGCUGCUUUUGUGAAGAUUUUGUUUAUAAAAUUCAUAGAAAACUCAUGCAUUGCUUUCCUUUUAAUGAAUGGCCAACUAAUGAAGUACUGUAGCUGGAAAGUUGUGUAGUGUAUAAUGAUGGAAAAAUGCAAAGUUUUAAGGACAUAUAUAAAAAAUAUGAAUUGGAUAGGGUAUCAAAAUUUAGGAAUUUUAAUUAAAACAAUUUAGUAGUUUUAAUUGGAAUUUCUUGUAUAUCAUGUAACAGAAAUUUUUUUUUAUCAUAUAUUGCAGUACUUAGUCUCAUAGAAACUAGAGUUUAUAAAUUUUGGGUAAGUGCAGAAAAUAGAGCCACUAUUCUGAUAUACUGGUAUGUGUUAUUAUCACAAAUUCGUUAUAUAUUGUCAGCUUAGUGUAGCUAGAUUUGGUUAGGAUAGUUCUCAUUUUUUGCACUGACCAGAUUUUUUUAUUGUGUGAAUGGAUACUCUUUUAUUAUAGAAAGUGCAAGGCUGUGAGAAACUUAGUUUUAUGAGUUAGUUUACUUUUAUUCAUGAAAAUAGGUCUACAUAACAAUAUUGUGAUAUUUCUAGGGAACCUUUAACAAUAUGAAAAAUAAAGCCAUUGCCAAUUAUAAUGUAUCAUGGACUUAGUCAAAUAUGACACAACAAUUUGCAGAUUCUAAGCAAAAGCAGUUUAUGUAUACAUUUUCUUUAUUUAAUGCCUAAUUUUCAUAUUCACAUACAGUAUACUCUAUAUUUUUUCUGGAACUUUAAGAAUGCAUAUACUGUAGUAUCUGAAUAUGUGUGUUUACUGAAUUAUUGCUUGAGAGAGAUUUUUUUGAGUGAGUAAUUUUGAAUGUUAAUUAUGAAUGACUUGAAGAUGAUUUUAAAAGGCAGUACACUCAUUUUAGGAAUAAGAACUAUAAUUGGUAAAAUUCAUGUUUGAUACUCUGUUAUUUACAUUUGUAGCAAAAAUGUUUUUCAUUAUGGAAAAACUUAUAGAGUAAACUAAGAAUUUCUUUUGCUAACAUAUAUUGUCCAUUAAAAGAUGGAACAUUUUGAUUAUAUGUAAAGGUUGUCACUGUAGGUAAGGUUUAAUUUUUUUUAAGCAUUGGUUUCUCAAUUAUGUAAGUUUUAAUAGAAAUUACUUUUAACUCCUAGCUUGUGUAAAUCAGUUGCCAACAGUUUAAAAAUUUUUUCUAUUUCUCUUGAAUAUUUUUUCUAAAGGAUAUAAUUAUAGCAUUGGGAACAGCAAUUCCUACAUCAUUUAAUAAUGUGAAGAUUUUUCCUUGCUGAUGUGCAAGAAUUGCCACAGCUUUAAAUAGUCAUUGUAGGUAAUUAUGGUUUAGUUUUAGUUCUCUUUCAGGUUGCAGUAUAUUGGUGAUUAAUUCUGUAUUGGUGAACAUUUUGUUGAUAUACAUACAUAAUUGUUUCUUUAGUACUAAUGUUCAACUCUGUUGCUUUGCUGACAGGAUAUAACAGGUUACCAUUGUACAUUAAAAGUAAAAACGAUUGUCUUAUUAGAGACUACCCACACAGUGCUCAAAGGGCAGACCAGCUAUUAAUUUAUAAAGAUCAUCUUGUACUUCCAGAGAGGUGAGAGGUGAGAUGGCCAUCAGUUGGGAUGCGACCCUAUUCUUUACCUCCUACUGAGUGUCUAAGUUUGAUGUAACCAAGGACGCAUGAUUUGUGUAGUGUUCAUAUUUACUGAUCUCCAUUCUUUUGGUUAGUGAUAAGCUUAAUAUGUAAAUGUGACCAUCUCUCCAGCUGUACAACUUCCUCUUCCUUUUAUUUGCAGCAUAUUUGGAACUUGCAAGAUGUGUUGGAAUUUUGGUCCAAAUCCCUCACUGAUGUUGAAUAUGAUGUUAAGAUAAGUAAAGUACAUCUUCAUAAAAAAAACAGUUAAAAAUACAUUAUUACAUACAUUUGCAUUUUCAGCAAUUCUAGAUAUAUCAUAGAACCUCUUGAAAAUAACUUGCCAUAAAUUUUCUUCCUAGGUCAGCAGAUAAAAUACUCAUUCUGUAUAUCACAUGAAGCUGGUACAUGUAAAUUUUGAGGUAUGUGGACAUUAAAGGAAUUGGGAAUUCAGAUACUAAAUCCAGCAAGUCUGCAUAAUUUUGAAUAGAUCAAAUAUAAAAGUUUCUUAAAGUUGCAUAACUUUGAAUAGAUCAAAUAUAAAAGUUCCAUAAACAAAUACUUUGAUCUCACCAUAUUACCUGGCAGGAUGGACACUUUGAUCUCGGAGACACACCCACCCCAUUUGUGACUAGCAAAAUAAAAAACAAACAAAUAAAUAAAUAAACAAAAAUCAGGUGGCAGAAGUUGACUGUUAUAGUUGAUAGUAUUUUGGUAUUUCUUUAAAGUAGCAUGACUGAAGUUGGUAUAGCACAAUGUUUAUUAAAGUUUUCUCAUUCAGUUAUUUCAAGUUGUUAAUUUUAAUAUUCACUUUAGUAUUAAGCUUUUGUGAAAAACUGUAAUAGAUUGCCAAGUCAUAUACAGUAUUAAACGUUCAGCUAUGUUUCAUCAGUAAUUUUGUUAACCAACAGUUUCAGUGCUUGCAAAUGGAUGGGGUACAAUAUUUGAAGAUCUAGAUAGUAUUUGGUGUGGGCUUAUGCAACAAUGCAACAAUUUUUUUUAAAUUUCAGAUAAAGGAAAACUGAAUAUAGUAAUAUGGUAGGAAGUAUACGCACAAGAAUAAAAUUUUUUUUCAUUGUUACACUUUGUAAAAUCAUGAUAUGGACAUGACAUCCCAAAGAAAACAGAUGCAAGGUAAAUUUAUGAGAUAUAUAUGGAAAGAAAGAGCAUCUUAGAUGCAGCAAAAUAUGGUAACUUCAUUAUAACAAGUGAAUGAUAGGAUUUGUGGCAUAAAUAAACAAUCAAAUGAAAGCAGAUCAAACCUACCACAGGUUCAUCCCAGCUAUUAACUCAUGAAGUGAGAAGUCUAGAAUUGGGUGCUCCUGUUUAACAUAGUUACUUAGUGGCCGCUUGAUUGAUCCAGUUACUACAGUAACAAUAAAAUAUCUUUUAUGUGUAUACCAAAAUGUUAGUCACAAGCUAAUAGCAAGUAUGAGACAUAAACUUCUGUAAGGAAAGUUGUCAGAAUCUUAAAGAUUGUUAGUCUUUCAGUUCAUUCCAGCUUUGAAUACACUUGGCACUUAGUUGGGAGAAAAAGCCACCAACAAAGCUUUUAUUUUAAAUACUUCAAGGCCUAGGUUGGAUGACAGAAAAUCUAACUAUGGAGUUCAUUAUCCACAGACUAGUACUGUCAUCACACAGAGAAACAUGAUUACACAUUGCUCUUUAUAUAGAAGAACAAUGUCUGUAGUCUACUUUUGUCAGAUUGUAGAUUUUUAGCUCUGUCCUGGUGGAACUAAUGUUAUACACUGUAACUUUUUGGAUUAUUUCUUCUUUGUGUAAUUAACUAUCUUCUCUGAUUACAGAAUACCUCAAACAGACCAGUUCUGUGGUUGUCACAUGUAUUUGCCCUUGUCCCCCCCCUUUAAAUGGCCAGGUUAAACAAUGUAAGGAUGAUAUUAAUUGCCGACUUUAAGUAUGGGAAUUUAUCAGUACUAACAUAAAAUAUUUUCAUAACUAAAAUUAUUAGAGAGUAAUUAAAUUCUGAGACACACCCACACUAUAACUAUAAUUCAGAGAACUAUACUUUGCUUUCAUGCCUACACAGAUUUUUUACUGUGUUAAUCCCAUGGUUUGUACUUGCUAAGAAUACUUAAGAAAAUGUUAAGAUAAGUUUCUUACAUAAAAACCACUUCACCAUUCUGCUGGAUAUAUGUAAAUUGUCUGUUUAAGUGUGUAGUAUUAACUGAGUACAUGGGUGAGAAAAUGUGGACCAUAUUCCUAAUUGAGGAAUAUUCCCCACAUUCUGGAAUUGCUAGGUAAUUUUUGGAAAUUAUUGGUUGGUCUGCCCUUUUGUCUGGUAAAGCAAUGAUUUUUUCUAUUAAUCUUGAUACUCGUUGGAAAUUAUUUUAUUUUUUAUAAUUAAAUAUUAAUCUUGUUUUCCAUUAAAAAUUAAGCAAGCAUUAAUUGGGUUUGAGAGGUGAGAAAUUUAGAUAACCGUGUAUGUCUGACAACUCAUGAAUAUUAGUACAUAUACUAUAAAGGUAUUCUAACCACUUUUAGAAAGGUAGGACAGAAGCCUCAAAUUAAAGUAAUAUUUGUGCCAUAUAAAUUUUACGUACUGUACUGACUGUACUUCUAUGUGGUUUAAUUGUGCCAUAUGAAAAUAAAUGUCUUCUUUUAAUUUUGAAGUAAACAGUACUAAAAAAUUGAAUUAUAUGGAAGGAUGAUCUUGAUUAUUUUGAAUGCUGAAAUAGUAUAAUUAUAUAACUAUGACAUAGAUUGAUUCUUGUUAACUCCUCACCAGCCUCAGGAGACAGACCUCUGUGUCAAGUUGAGCAGUUGGGAACAUUCAGGCAACUUAGUUACAAAGAACUCAUGAAAGCCUGUAGUUUCUGGGAUAUGUCUUCAGGUUUGUAAUAAACUACAAUAAGAAAGUUACUGGCCCAGUUUUCAAUUAGGAACUACUACUCUGGAAUAAACUAGUCAAUAUAUGUAAUCAAAAUGACAGUGCCAAUAUUUAAUUUAUAUAUAUAUAUAUAUAUAUAUAUAUAUA